GAAACCUGUUAAUUGAAGUAAAAUGAAACGGCCUUUUUUAACUAAAAGCAAAACAAAAGUAAUUUAGGAAUUAACACGGCCGGGAAAUUGUUAAUAGAUAGGAUUUGUUGAAAAAAAUUCCUUAAUGUCGAUUUUCGACAAAACACACAGAGAUCAAUUUCAACAGCUUGUUAACAUUCUAUUUUAUGUAAACUUGUAAAUACGUGAUCACUUUGCUAAUUCAAAUUCGGUUGACAAACUUAGCUUUUAAAUAAUUAAAUCGAGCCCUUAUAAUCAUCUUUCUGUUCUGAAUGUCAUACUUCCCAGAUGCACGGACAGGUUUGACAGGAAAAACAAACUACAAUAGUUUGAAAUAAGAAAGAUGAGUAGUUUUGCAACCCAAAAGACAGAAGGUACCGCAGAAGUAUUUUCAAUGAGACUACGCGGUGAUGACGCUCUGAUUACAACAAAAGACGAAAUAAGACGCAAGGAAUCCAACAGUCCAACCCAUUCAAACAACAUCCGCGAAGUAUCCUGGGCAAAGAGGAGCCCGCACAAUUCAAGCAUUCUUAGCAAUGGACUAGCUGACGAAAUUGUCUGUCAAACUUGUUCGGUCUCAACACUUAACGCGCCUAUGUUAAAUCAUAGUGGUAGAAUGAGUCUGCCAAUGAAUGGAAAAUACGCUGGUAAUCAUUAUCACUGGAAGUGUAAUGGAAUACCGGUCAAAGCCACGAGUCCGCAACGCUUUCCGCACAAGGCAAAAGGAACGUCGUCGCAGCUAAGCAAACAACACAACUCUCACUCAGGAAAUAUAACCUGUUGUGGAUCAACCCGUAGCAGAACCUCUCAGGAAAAAGGCCCUAAUAAACCUUGGAAAAACAAAGGGGACUACUUUGUAGCGAUGCUAACAUAUCUUCUGGGAGUAGGAAAUGUUAUCAGAUUUCCUCAGCUGUGCUUCAAACAUGGAGGAGGAGCAUUUUUCAUCCCGUACUUCAUCAUGUUAAUCUUAGAAGGAAUUCCACUCAUUUGCCUGGAGAUGGCCGUUGGACAGAGACUGGGGCGGGACUCUGUCACGGAAUCCUGGAAGGACCUCAAUCCCAGUCUCAGAGGAAUUGGUAUGGCCGCGACCAUCGAGAGCCUAGUGACGUGUUUUUAUUACAAUUACAUCGUAGCCUGGUGCCUUUACUAUUUUAUUCAUUCCAUGAGAAGUUCACUAUUAUGGACUACCUGUCCAACAUUCAAUGACACUGUAAAUGGAACUUUGGUCCCAGAGUGCUCACGAACUAAUCCAGCCGAGUAUUACUGGUAUCGAGAAACGUUAGACGUUGCUGAUGAUAUCAACAAAAGCACAGGUAUCAACAUGUAUCUGUUCUUGUUUGUCGUCAUCUCCUGGACUGUGUCGUUCUUACUGACCAUGCGUGGCUUGCGAGCAGCGUCAAAGGUUUUGCUUGUGGCUCUCAUUUUUAUUGUUACCAGUCUCGUCACAUUUUUCUUUGUUAGCGUACAUCUUGACGGCUGGGCUCAAGGACUCGCGAGGCUUUUCAUUCCGGAGUGGGAAAGACUCAAAGACCCAGUAGUGUGGAUGGACGCCGCUGGGCAAAUUUUCUUCUCUUUGGGGGUUGGACUCGGCAGCGUUACCCUGUUUUCCACAGGGAACCAACCAAAAAACAGCUUCACAAUGGACGCUAUUAUGUGCGCGUUGGGAAACUGUGCAACCUCUUUAUGGGCAAGCAUCAUCAUGUUCUCAUUCUUUGGCUUCAAAGCUCUCAAAAAAUUUAACAAAUGUGAAAAGAAUAGACUCGACGAACUCCGUGAAAAUGACUCCACAAUCACGUGUAGCUACCAAGAAAUAUUUAAUCAACUUCCUCCUGGAAUGUCCCUCGGGUUUGCGGGAUUAAGCGAGGUAUUUACUCAGAUGUCCCUUUCUCCAGUUUGGUCAACCCUCUUCUACUUCUUGUUGUUCUUGCUAAGCUCCUCCAGUAUGGUGGGUAUGAUGGAGAUCGUGAUUACAACUUGCAAAGAGAUCAAAUUUUUCUCUCGAACGUGGAGAAAUGAAGUGAUUUGUGGAGUUUUAUGUCUCGCGAUGUGUAUAAGUAACCUCUUAUUCGUGCAAUCAACUGGUUUUUACUUGCUGGAAGUUAUCAGCAGCGCUAGUUCCAUUCCUCUUCUCCUCAUCGGUCUGGCGGAAUGUAUAGGUGUAGCUUUUGUCUAUGGAAUGGAAAGGUUUUCAAAAGAUCUUAGUUCAAAAACUGGAAAACAAGUUAAGAGCCGAUGGAAGCUCUGUUGGAAGUUUUUUUCUCCCCUGAUAAUUUUUAGCGUCAUAGUUGGUGGACUUGUGCAAACGAUAAGAAAUGGAGAGUUCACAUAUACUGCGUGGGACCGAACUGAGGCAAAAAUCAAGGCCUUACCUUAUCCUCCUUGGGCGUAUGUAAUCUAUCUGUUUUUCGUCUUGAUUCCAUCGAUAUGCCUAAUAUAUCCUCCAAUAAUGGACCGUUUGACACGUCGUAGACGAGGGCCUGACAUAAUGCAGUCUCUGGGUGACGACAGUUCGGUUGCAAGCACUGGCUGCGCCCCGCCCUGUUGUAUCGGAAGAUCAAGGUCGUACAAUAUCGAUAUUCCUCCCGUUAGUAAUCUCUGUGUUAAUGGACAUGUGAACCGAACAGUUGACGAGAAUGACUGAUGGUGCGAAGAUACUACGGUUGAAUACCGCGGUUUAUAGUUCGGCACAUUUGGAAUAAAUAAAGAAGAAGAAACGGAGGAGUCCAAAGAGAGGUUGAAUCUCAUGCUUAGAGGAGAAGAGCGCGCGAUACUCUGGUCUGCGAUAAAUGUAAAUGGCGCAACUGCACUACUGAUGCUCAGGCUCGACGAAUCAGAACUUGGCGCGCAUGCGAGUUUCGGUCUCUCAAGCUGACCAGAUUCAUGCUCUUGCGGAACCUGCUGAACCAGUAAAAAAACAGCUUUUCAAAACUAACGAAAAUUUGUCUAAGAAAUACUUCUUUUAAAGUAAAAUGACUAGAAGCUAAGCUUUUGUGUAUUUGUUACCUAGAUGAGCCGGAAGCACUGUUUCUGAAGGGUGUGGCGGGGAGGGAAUGGGUCAGCUUUUUUUCAAUAGCCGGACCUUAAUCAGUCAGGACGGCAACGCCAA